GCAUCUUGGGUAUCCUCCGUCUUUCCUUUGACCUUUAAUAGUGUUGCAUCUGCCUCAUCCUCUUGGAGUGGUGGACCCAAGUCAACAUACACCAUAAUGUCUUCCAAGGACUCUAUUCCCGCCGCCGAUGGCGAGAAGGGCCUCAAGGCCCAGCCAGUUACUACUGGCGAGGUCCACGAUGGUAACAUCGAGACCUCUUUCGACCAAGAGCCUUGGGCGACCAGGGUUGGUCUGAACCUGGACUCGUUCAAGUGCAAGGUCUACGGUCACGGUAUUGUCGAACUUGACCGCCCAAUGAAGACGCGCCAUCUGCACAUGAUUGCCAUUGGUGGUUCCAUUGGUGCCGGUUUCUUCGUCGGUUCCGGUGGUGCUCUCAGCAAAGGUGGCCCUGGUUCGGUUCUGAUUGAUUUCUUGAUCAUCGGUGUCAUGAUGUUCAACACUGUCUUCGCUCUUGGUGAACUCGCUAUUAUGUAUCCCGUCUCCGGUGGUUUCUACACGUACUCGACCCGCUUUAUCGAUCCAUCAUGGGGUUUCGCUAUGGGGUGGAAUUACGUCUUCCAAUGGGCUAUUGUCGUGCCUCUCGAAUUAACAGUGUGUGCCAUUACCAUCGGAUACUGGGACUCGGAAACUAGCAUCGGUGUGUGGAUUGCCGUGUUCCUAGUCAUCAUCAUCAUCGUGAGCGUCUUCGGUGGUAUUGGAUAUGCCGAGGAAGAGUUCUGGUCAUCCAUCCUGAAGCUCAGCGCCACGAUCAUCUUCAUGAUCAUUUCCUUCGUCCUCGUUCUGGGUGGUGGCCCCAAGGGCGGCCGCUAUGACGAGUACUGGGGAGCCCGCUACUGGUAUGAUCCCGGUGCUUUCAAGAACGGAUUCAAGGGCUUCUGCUCCGUCUUCGUUACUGCUGCCUUCUCCUUCUCCGGUACUGAGCUGGUCGGUCUCGCUGCUGCUGAGUCCCGCAACCCUGUCAAGUCGAUGCCUGGUGCUAUCCGACAGGUGUUCUGGCGUAUCACGCUCUUCUACAUCCUCGGUCUCUUCUUCGUCGGCCUCCUCGUUGACUGCAACGAUCCGUCGCUGCUCUCCACCGCUGCCUUUUCCGAUGCCAAGGCCUCACCCUUCGUGCUUGUCGCCAAGUAUGCUGGCCUGAAGGGCUUCGACCACUUCAUGAAUGUCAUCAUUCUUGUCUCUGUCGUGUCCAUCGGUGUCUCUGGUGUCUAUGGUGGUUCCCGUACUCUCACUGCCCUGGCCCAGCAAGGCUAUGCCCCCAAGCUGUUCACAUACAUUGACCGCUCUGGUCGUCCUCUCCCCUCUACCAUCGCCGUCAUCGUUUGCGGUGCUCUCGGUUUCAUCAACCUCAACGCCGAUGGUGUCACUGUCUUCAACUGGCUUCUUGCUCUGUCAGGUCUCGCCGCUCUUUUCACUUGGGGAUCUAUUUGCCUGGCUCACAUUCGGUUCCGUUCCGCAUGGGCCUACCACGGCCACACCUUGGAUGAGAUUCCAUUCCACGCCGUCGGUGGUGUCUAUGGCUCUUAUCUCGGUCUCUCCCUUUGCGUCCUCGUCCUCAUCGCCCAGAUUUACGUUGCCAUUGCUGCUCCCAUUGGACAGUCUGGUGUUGGUGAUGCAGAGAACUUCUUCAUGCAGUGUCUGGCCAUUCCCGUCGUUUUGGUCUUCUGGCUCAUUGGUUUCCUCUGGAAGCGAACUGGCUGGCUCAAGGUUAGCCAGAUUGAUGUCGACACUGAUCGUCGUGAACUUGACUGGGAGUUCAUCAACGCCGAGCGUGCCCAGGUUGCCGCCCUGCCUAAAUGGAGGCAAUUCGUGGCCAAGAUUUUCUAA